AUGGCCUCCGCCGUCGCUAUCACCAUCCUCACCGGAGCCGCCUCCGCCGUCAUCACCGCCGCCAUCAACCAGGUCGCCCCCACCAUCUCCGGUCUGGGCAGCUGGGACGAGGCCCGCGAGGCCUUCACCCAGCAGACGGUCAAGACCAUGUGGGACAACCGCUCGUCCGACUACGGCGCUGCCAUCUGCUACAACAUGGCCUACGAGGUCUCCAACACCGCCCUCAUGUACGAGAAGACGAGCGUCCAGCUCGAGCAGGACCUCCUGCACACCGAUUACGAUUGCUUCUACAUGAACGGUCCUGACAACCACUUCUGGACCCAGGGCGAUGGCGGCUACAUCAACCUCGCCAUCUACCACGACGAGAGCAAGUGCUGGUACGACGACAACACCGCCGACCUGUACUGCCCUUAA